AGAGGCGGCGGGCAGGACCAUGGCAGCGCCCGAAACAGAGAUGAAAAACACGGAGGAGGGAGCACCUACAGAGAGUGAUGACGUCACGAAUAAGGCGGGAAAGGAUACUGAGGAGAAUGAAAUCACCAUGGCAACGGAGGAGGGGGAGAAAGAGAAGAUAGAGGGGGACGGAACUGUAGAAAACGGAGGAACCGAAGGUGAGGACUCUAAAGAGGAAGGCAAAAAGGAAGAAGAUAAAGUAGAACAACCGGGAGAAGAUGAGAAGGCAGAAAAUGAACCCGCAACAGACAAACGGGAAGACGCACCUGAGUCUACUGGGAACGAGCAGGGAACCGAGGAACGAGAGCACCCACCAGACGAUGCUGCUACAGACGAACAGAAGGUUACAGAAGAACAAGAAGCGACGCAAAACGGUGAUCAACAAGACAAGACAGAAAGCAACGAAACUACAGACGGUUCUGAAGAAAAGACUGAGAGAAAAUCUAGCAAACUAGAGGAUAUAAAGGAGGUAGAGGAUUCUGAGAAAGGCGAGGAACAAGACGGAGGCUCGGCCGAGGUGACGAAGGAAGGCGGGAAGACCGAGAGGACCAGCCCCACACCGCCUCCACAAGCCGCACGCAGGAGGAGCGAGCCCACACUCUCACAGGCACCGUCUCCUCGGGCCAGCCCGGGGUCCUCGCAGGCCAUGCUGCGCAGAGGGAGUCUGAUGGAUGUGGGCCGGCUCAGGCAGGCGGAAAAAACGCAGAGGGACGCCAUGAAGGACCCCAACAACUGGCCUAUGGAAGCACUCCAGGUAGAGAACCUAGACGGAGAUUCCGAGGUCGGCUGCCUGAUCCGCGGGACGUCUGACGUUCUGGACUCCGCCCCUGACGGCAUCACCGCCGCCUACCUACACCGCCUGUCACACCUGACGCUGGGAGCCGGGGAGGAGCUGGUCAGCGAGGUGGUGGACCUGCAGCCGCGGGGACACACGCUGCCCGGCCCGCUGGUCGUGGCCGUGCCGUACCCGGUCUCCGCCAGGAUCGGCAGUCGGGAAGUCAUCGUCAAGACGUCGCAAGACGGAGAGAAGUGGCGGGCAAUCCCGGCAUUCAACCCGGAGGCUAACUACAGGGAGAGGAAGGGCGUUUUCUUCGCGGAGGUGCAGGUGAAGCAGCUUGGGCAUGUAUGCAGUACUGUCGCGGCCCGCUAGGGAGAAGAUCCACGUCCCCACCAAGGGCGGGCUGUUCAAGGCGCCUCAAGACCAGCGCGUGUCCUUCAAGUACGACAAGGAGGGGGUCAAGACGCCGCUGGUGCUGACC